GAUAAUAGCCCUCCUUUAGCUUGGACUCACUUUAAGGCUGAAGGUGAAGUUGAUUUCAAGGCUAUUGUAUAUAUUCCGUCUAAAGCUCCUGAUAAUUUAUUUCAAAAAGUCCAAGAUUUUGCACGUAACGUUAAACUUUUUGUUAAACGUGUAUUCAUUACCGAUGAAUUUUUGGAUUUCAUUCCAAAAUACUUAGCUUUCAUAAAAGCUAUAAUUGAUGCUGAUGAUAUACCUUUGAAUGUUAGUAGAGAAACCUUACAACACCAUAGAUCUCUCCAAUUAAUUAAAAAACGAAUUGUUAAAAAAACUUUGGAAUUAAUUGCUGAUUUAAAAAAUGAUGAUGUCAAAUAUACUAAAUUCCUUAAAGAGUUUGGAACAAGUUUAAAAAUUGGAGCUAUCGAAGAUAAUGAAAACAGAAAGAAGAUCGCUCAUUUACUAAAAUUCCCAAGUUCUUAUAAAGGUUCAAAUUGGACUACUAUAGAUGAUUAUAUUAGUAGAAUGAAAAAAGAUCAGGAUAAAAUGUAUUUUGUCACUGGUUCUUCCGUUGAAGAAGUUGAAAAAUCUCCUUUUAUCGAAGGUUUUGUGGCAAGAGGUUAUGAAGUCUUGUAUAUGGUUGAACCUAUUGAUGAAAUGUUGGUUCAACAUAUGCCUGGUCAUGGUGGUAAAAUGUUUCAAAAUAUCGCAAAGGGUAACAUCAAUUUUGGUGGUGAAACCGAUAUUCAUUCAACAUCUGAAUUGAAAUUCAAGUUUAUUAAAUUAUCUGAGUGGAUGCAAACUAUACUUACUGAUCAACGUCUUACUAUAUCUCCCUGUGCUGUCGUCGCGAGUGAAUGGGGUUGGACUGGACAUAUGGAAAGAAUGAUGGCCGAGAAUGAAUUCCUAAAAGAGUUCUAUGCAAAACAAAAGAAAAUUCUAGAAAUUAAUCCACAUCAUCCACUUAUUAUUGGAUUAUUGGAUAGAGUCGAAAAAGGCCAAACCGAUGAAACUACAAAAGAAUUAGUCCAG